GUUCGUCACCGGUAAGUUUUGCCUCCAAAUCCCUCGGGGCAUGCCAUCCGCUGUCCCGGGUUUUCGCGAACCACGGAAUCACUAACGAUGUUUUUUUCUGGCAGCUGGUAAGCAACCCUCUUCACCUCCUUCCAGUCGGAUGCGGUAGAUGUUAUGAGAGCGACGCUCGAAAGCAACGCAAUCGAACGGCGAGCGAAACACACGACGUCCCCGUGCUCCCCCGUUAAAUCCGUUUCGUCUAACGCAACCGGCGCGCCUCUAGGUGUCGACGCUCGAUUCCCCAACCAAAACCAGACCAAGCACUGCUGGCAGAACUACGUCGACUAUCACAAGUGCAUCAAUGCCAAGGGCGAAGAUUUCCCCCCCUGCCGCCAGUUCUUUCUUGCCUACCGGUCUCUAUGCCCGAGCGGGUGGUAUGAACGAUGGGACGAUCAGCGAGAGGCUGGAAACUUCCCCGUUAAGCUUGACGCUUAAACACAUUCCUAUGCUUUGUGAGCAUCGAUCAAAUCAGUAGGCUUGGA